AGGCACACAACCGGGUGGGCGGGCGUGUACACAACCGGGCGGGCCCACAACUGGGCGGCGACGCACGCACGGCAACCGCGAGCGCGCAGGGCGAAUGCCCAGCACGCAAGCGAGACCAACGAACGGGCCGCGCGGGCGAGCCACAAACAGGAGACAGACGGUGACGGUGGGCAGGGCCAGGGCGUGUACAACACACGCCAACUGCGAGCACGUAGGGCCAGCGCCCUGCGUGCAAACGCAGCCGACGAGCGUGCCGCAAGUACGGGUACAACCAGGUGGGUGCGUGGGCGGAUGGCGCGUACAGACCGGAAGGGUGCGGACGAAAGCGAGCGGACACUCCCAUCUGCAGGUGAGGAAGACAGCGAGGACAGCGGGUAUAUCAGUGACCCACCCACUCGCCCGCUCGCCUGCACGCCCGCCCUUCCCCGCCUUCUUGCCUACACCCCCGCUCGCCCACCCAUCCGCUCGCCCACCCGCUCACAGACCCGCGGACCCGCCGUACCCGCACGUGACCCGUACCCCCCGAGCGGGUCCGGUACCCGGGCGGGUACGGGUACGGGUAAGCCCCCGGACACCCGGGGGUUUACCCCUGCAAUCCACUAAUGGCAC